AUGUCCUCGACGCCCAAGACCCAUCCCGCGAUACAGAGAGUGAAUAAGGCCUACGUUCAGGUGCCUGUCUCACCUUACAGCACCUCGUCUGUUCAUCGCAUGCUCGCCACCCCAAUCCACGUUGCAGCGAGCAACAAACUCAAAGAGAACACGCCUUUGCGGCCGUCUCACUUGGCCAUGUCGCACUCCAUCAUCCCUUCCACGUCUUUGAAACGCAAGAUCUCUGACCGUGAACCGCGUCUUAUCUUCGAUGGAGUUGUCAUUACAAGUGCAAAGAAGCCCAAGUUAUCUGCACCAAAUGAUAAUGGGACCUUGCUGAAGAAGAAUCCAAGCAAAGUAGACAUACCUGUCAUAGAAUUGACCCCCGAAUUUCCCAACGGCUCGGUCUACUGUCAUCAAUGUAAUAGGAAGCGCGAUUUAGUUGUUGCCCAAGCUGCAGGGACAUUUGCAAUUGCUGGAGGUGCAGAAAAGCGAAAGGUCUGGAACCUUCCUAUGCGUCCUCCUAAGCCAAAGGAAGCCAGCAGCUUGCCCAAUGACGAGAAGAAAGCAAAACCAAAGGAUGUCAAGGUCCCUAAGACCCAGGAGGCCGUUAAACCGAAACCGAAACCCCUUCCCCUACUGUCCUGGAAAAGUCUUCCAGUGGUCCUCACCCGUGACGAGGCAGAAGAUAGGAUAUUUAUUCGUGAAUUCCUCUUUCGAUUUGGCGACUACAUCGAACCACCUUUGGCGAAGACCCACUUAGAGGAAUUAGAAUUCAUCGCUUCCAAAAGGCAUGAUCCCGAAGUUGAUUCCUCGGAUUGGGUCAGUGACCAAUGCUUGAAGGCCAUUCUUCUGGGCCUCCUCGGUAUUUUGGCGAAGGGUCGAGACGACGUUGUGUCCAAGGCUUUGAAAGCUGCGGUGAAAGACUUACGAGCUUUAGGAGUGAACCUCAACAAGACAUGGUCCCUUUUUAUGGCAUUGCGAGAAAAUGUUGCCAAGCACAGCAGUUCCCCGGGGUCGUCAGGCGUCGAGACGGUUAUUCCUCUUACUUUCCCUGAUCCGACAAAGCUUCCCUCUGGAGCUAUUCUCGCUUCUCGCAGUCUGCGAAGCCUUCAAACGGACAACGAGAUUGUCGUCGCACAAUCAUGGCAGAUGAUUCCAAUUGUAUUAUCAUUGAUUCAUUCUGCACUUGAGACUUCGAUUAUUCGCGCCGAGAUCGAGCAGGGUGGGAAGGACCACAAAGACGUCAACCGUGAUGCGAAGGAGGCUGUUAGACUGGAAAACGAGAGAUGGGAACAAGAGAGAAGCACUAUGGGGAAAUGUGCCAAAGACAAAACUGUCCAGACCGAAAAUCGAACAAAACGCGCCAUUCACAAAGAUCAGAUAGCAGACAUUGAGAAUGCGCUCAAGAUUGUCGGUUCCAGCUUCGCCACGCGUUUUAUGCCUCUAGGCACAGAUAAUGAGGGUCGCACCUACUAUGCCUUGUCACCUGGCGUUGCUGAGCGUGAAGCAGCUCUGGAAUAUCUGAGCAUCGCCGGCAGUGAAAAACCCUUGAAGCCUAAGAAGAAAGGAUGCGUUCGAAGUGUCCCCGAACGCCAGUCGUUGCGAGACUGGUCCUGGCUCAUCGCAGUCUGGGGCAAACGGGGUCCUCUGACGCCUGCAGAGGUGAAGGCGAAGAUGGGGGAAGAGGAUGGAUUAAAUAUAGAGAAAGAGCAGUGGUGGGGAUUCUGGGGCUCGGACCACAUAGACAAGCUGGCUGAGUAUUUCUCGGUUAAAUCUGGCCUCGAAGAAGACGCGCCCUCAGCCGCCGAGCCUUUCAUGCCCCCCUCCAGCAGCAAGCCCACCGUUCCAAAGCAACCUCGCACAGAGCAGCUGAAGCGUCUGGUUACGAACUUGAAGAAUUAUUCCGCUUUAUUGCAGUGGAGGACACGCAACGAUAAGUACAAGCUAAUAAAGAGGGCUAUAGACAGUUUACAGGCAAACAGCACCAGUGGUAGCACCACUCAAGUUAGCGAUACGGUCUUUGCAGGCAGUGCCUCGGUCGACAAUCCUGACAUCUAG